GUACUGACUUUGUUUUUAUGAUGGAUGUGCCGAAAGUUUGAAAGAAAUGAUGCUCCUAACUGUUGCUUUUUGUGACUAAGGUGAACGACCAAUAUAACUGUAUACUACCUGUGUUAAGCACGUACGUAGUUUGUGUGUGAUUUUGAGUGAAAACUGACGCUUUUUUGACUGGAAGGACGAAAAUUUUGCUGGGUUGUGUUGGCGGCUGCAGGAUGUCAGACGUAUCGACCGUUUUUGUGACAGGGGGCGCCGGUUACAUCGGCAGCCACUGCAUUGUCGAGCUUUUAAACGCGGGCUACGAAGUCAUCGUUGUCGACAAUUUCGUCAACAGUGUCAACGAUCCUGACGGCGGAUCGGUCGCUUUAAAACGCGUCGAAACAAUCACUGGCAAAAAAAUCACCUUUUACGAAUGCGACUUGCUGGACAAAAAUGCCCUUGGGAACAUCUUCGCAAAGCACAAAAUCGACUGCGUUAUCCACUUCGCUGCCAUCAAAUCCGUGGGCGAAUCCAUGGAAUAUCCGCUCCUCUACUACAAGAACAACCUCAUCGGGAUGCUCAACCUGCUCGAGAUCAUGGAACAAUUCGACAUCUACCAGCUAGUCUUUUCCAGUUCAUGCACGGUUUACGGCGAACCCACUUAUCUCCCCAUCACCGAACAGCACUCAGUUGGCCACAAUAUCACGAAUGUUUACGGAAAAACCAAAUAUUUCAUCGAGGAAAUGCUCCAAGACAUUACACAUGCCAACAGCAAAUGGAACAUCAUAGCACUGCGAUAUUUCAAUCCUUUGGGGGCGCAUUCGUCCGGCUUGAUCGGGGAAGACCCCAUAAAACCGUUCGCCAACAUCAUGCCCUUGAUAUCGCAAGUGGCCAUGAAACGGUUACCGGUUUUAACCAUUUUCGGCGGCGAUUAUAACACGGACGAUGGGACAGGAAUUAGGGAUUACAUCCAUGUCAUGGACUUGGCAAGUGGACACGUGGCAGCCCUUAAUUUAUUGAAACGUUCACACCAAAAUUAUAAGGUCUACAAUUUGGGUACAGGCCAGGGCGUUUCAGUCCUACAACUUGUCCAAACGUUCGAAAAAGUCACCGGCACCGUAGUACCUUACAAAAUCGUCGAAAGACGCGAAGGUGACAUUUCAGUAAUGUACGCAAACGCCGAACUGGCCGAAAAGGAACUGGGUUGGAAGUCAAAACACACUCUAGACGAGAUGUGUGCCGAUUUCUGGCGGUGGCAAACGAUGAACCCGACCGGAUACCGCACCCAGUCAAAAAUAACAAACGGACAUCAUUAAAUAAAUUAUUACUCACUUA